AGCAAUUAGUCCAACAAAGAAAAAAAUAAAAUAAAGAUAAAUAUAUGUGCGUCAAAAGAUUUUCUCUCAGAGGUUUUCUCGGGGAAGAAGAAACUGACAUCUGAUAAGAUCCAAGAGUCAAGAGAGAGAAGAGAUCUAAACGGGUUGGUCUCCGAUGGGAACGCUUCAGUCAUUCCGAAGAGCUUACGGAGCCCUAAAGGACACCACUAAAGUCGGCCUCGUCCGCGUCAACAGCGAUUACGCCGAUAUAGAAGUGGCCAUAGUCAAAGCCACUAACCACGUCGAGUGUCCUCCCAAGGAUCGCCAUCUCACGAAGAUCUUCAUCGCCACGUCAGCAACUCGGCCUCGAGCAGAUGUUGCUUACUGCAUUCACACUCUCUCUCGUCGAUUGCACAAAACCAGAAACUGGACGGUUGCGUUAAAAGCAUUGGUUGUUCUACACCGGCUUGUAAGGGAGGGCGAUCCCACGUUUAGAGAAGAGUUAUUGAACUUUUCCAGGAAAGGACGCUUCUUGCAGCUUUCUAAUUUCAAGGAUGACUCAUCCACAGCGGCAUGGGAUUGUUCGGUCUGGGUACGCGCUUAUGCUUUGUUUCUUGAGGAACGGCUUCAAUGCUUCAGAGUUUUGAAAUAUGAUAUCGAGGCUGAACGUCUUCCAAAAGUUUCCCCGGGGCAGGAGAAGGGGUAUAGCAAAACAAGGGAUUUAGAUGGUGAACAACUCUUGGAACAGUUGCCUGCUUUACAGCAGCUUCUGCAUCGGCUCAUGGGUUGUAAGCCAGAAGGUGCUGCAAAGCACAAUCAUAUCAUACAGUAUGCACUCGCUUUGGUAUUGAAGGAGAGCUUUAAAGUGUAUUGUGCCAUCAACGAAGGUAUUAUCAAUCUAGUAGAAAAGUUCUUUGAAAUGCCAAGACAUGAUGCCAUCAAGGCCCUUGAUAUAUACAAGCGCGCGGGUUCGCAGGCUGGCAACCUUUCUCAUUUCUACGAAGUAUGCAAGGGAUUAGAAAUUGCUAGGAAUUUCCAGUUUCCUGUUUUAAGAGAGCCUCCACAAUCUUUUCUUGCAACUAUGGAGGAGUAUAUGAGAGACGCACCUCAAAUGGUUGACGUCUCAGAUGGGCCACUGCUUCUGACGUAUAGGCCGGAUGAUGAACUUACUGAUGAACCUGCGCAUGAAGAACAUGAACCAUCAUUGCCUUCAGAUAGUACUGUUAUUCCCUCUGAGGAGACCCAACCUCCUGCUUCAGCAGAAACUCCACAGAAUUUAAUUGAUACAGAUGAUCUAUUGGGUCUAAACAACGAUGCACCUGAUCCAUUAGAAAUCCUGGAUCAAAAUGCGCUUGCUUUGGCGUUAGUUUCUACUGAUGUUGAGUCUUCGUUCUUUGAUUUGGGUCAAGCAAGAGAUUCGGAUCCGUCAGGAUGGGAGCUUGCCUUGGUUACAACACCUAGCAGUGAUAUAUCCGCAACCACAGAGAGGCAAUUGGCGGGUGGCUUAGACACGCUCACCCUGAACAGCCUAUAUGACGAUGUAGCCUACAGAGCAGCCCAACAGCCUGCUUACGGGGCGCCAGCUCCCAAUCCUUUUGAGGUUCAAGACCCGUUUGCAUUUUCCAACAGCGUUUCGGCCCCUUCAGCUGAAAGCAACCCAUUCGGCCCCUACCAGCCAGCCUAUCAGCAACAACAGCAGCAAGAGCUUCAGGUUGCACCAGGCGCUGCAAAUCCUUUUGGUGACUUUGAAGAUUUUCCAGUAGUUGCGGUUUCAGAACCGCAAAAGACCACCGGUUUUGGGCAAUUUCCAGAACCACAGAUGACCACCGGUUUUGGGGGAAAUCCAGUAUUCGCUGUUUCAGAACCACAAAUGACCACCGGUUUUGGGCAAUUUCCGGUAGCUGCGGUUUCAGAACCACAAGUGACCACCGGUUUCGAGGAAUUUCCAGUAGUCAAUGUUUCACAACCACAAAUGACCACCGGUUUUGGGGAACUUCCAGUAGCCGCGGCUUCAGAACCACAAAUGACCGCCGGUUUUGGGGAAUUUCCGGUAUUCGCUGUUUCAGAACCACAAAUGACCACCGGUUUUAGGGAAUUUCCAGUAGCAACGGUUUCAGAACCGCAGAUGAUGACAUCCGGUUUUGGCGAAUUUCCAGCAUUCGCUGUUUCAGAACCGCAAAAGACAUCUGGUUUUGGGGAUUUCCCAGUAGCUGCGGUUUCAGAACCGCAAAUGAUGACAUCCGGUUUUGGGGAAUUUCCAGCAUUCGCGGUAUCAGAACCGCAAAUGACAUCCGGUCCAGUAGUCCCAGUUUCAGAAGAGCAAAAGAACUCCGGUUUGGGGGAAUUCUCAGUAAUCACGGCUUCAGAGCCGCAAAAGACCACUGGUUUUGGGGAAUUUCCAGCUAAUGCAGCAGGUGGUCAUCAGCAAUAUAACAGCAGCAACCCUUUUGGUGGCAUGUGAUCUCAGCUUAAGGUAAAUGUUUCAUUUGUCACAAGUUUGUGAGUUAUUUGUAAAGAAAGACUCCGAGAAACACACAUAAUUGUAAAACCGUCUCUCUUUGGUUGGUGAGCAAAGAAAGAAAUAUGGUAUCCGUUAUGCAUUUAAACAAUACAAUCACUCCUACUUCGCAAGCA